AAAUCAAAUACUAGUAUAUCCGGCGGCCCGAUCGUGGAGCGUGCGUCCACCACCGCCGCCAUUAAAAAAACUUCGUUCGUUCACCUCCACUGCCCACCAGCUCCCCUCAGAUUUACUUUGCUUGCAGCUAGCCGGCUGGGUGGCCGGGGAAGAUCGUAUCUUGGAGGUUGAAGCGAGCAAGAACGGAGAGGAGGGGAGGGGAGGGAGGGCGCCGGCGACCGGAGCUUGCUAGCUAGCUACUGUAGGUGGGUGGGUGGUUAAUGGAGCUGGCGGCGCCAUGUAGCUUCAGCUGCUCGUCAUACGCCCACUGCUCCAUCGGCUUCACGCCGGCGCGGGUCCUCCGCGCCGGCGCCGGCACCUGGAGGCUCCGUGCCGGGGCGCACCAGGGCGGCGGGGACGGCGUCGAGCCGGCCGGGCGCCUCGCCGCGGACGGGCCUCCCGUGGUCGACGUGCCGGCGGUCGUCGCGGGCGCGGAGGGGUUCGGAGGGGCCCGGGACGCGGAGCUGGCCAUGUGGGAGAAGCUGGGCGCCGUGGUGCGGCUGAGCUACGGCAUCGGCAUCUACGCGGGCAUGGCGCUGGCGGGGCGGGCGAUCUGCGACAUGGCCGGCAUCGACUCCUCCGGCGGGUUCCACCCGUCGCUGACGGCGCUGGUGGAGGGGCUCGGCUACGCGUCGCCGCCCAUCAUGGCGCUGCUCUUCAUCCUGGACGACGAGGUGGUCAAGUACUCGCCGCACGCCCGCGCCAUCCGCGACGUGGAGGACGAGGAGCUCCGCACCUUCUUCGCCGGCAUGUCCCCCUGGCAGUUCAUCCUCGUCGUCGCCGCCAGCUCCGUCGGCGAGGAGCUCUUCUACCGCGCCGCCGUCCAGGGAGCAUUGGCCGAUAUAUUCCUGAGAGGCACGGAGCUGAUGAAAGAUGCCCGGGGGAUUGUGUCCCUGAGUGGAAUGGUGCCUCCAUUUGUCCCGUUCGCGCAAACCUUCGCCGCCGCCAUCACCGCCGCCCUCACGGGUUCCCUCUACUACAUCGCGACCGCCCCCAAAGACCCUACCUAUGUGGUGACACCGGUUAUGCGCUCGCACGCCGGGCGACAGAAUAUGAAGAAACUGUUUUCAGCUUGGUACGAAAGGAGGCAGAUGAGGAAGAUAUACUCACCUCUUCUAGAAGGCAUCCUGGCUUUCUACCUCGGCUUCGAAUGGAUCCAGACGGGCAACAUCCUGGCACCGAUGAUCACCCACGGCAUAUACUCCGCGGUGGUCCUUGGCCACGGGCUGUGGAAAAUCCAAGACCACAGGAGAAGGUUGCGACAAAGGGUCCAGGAAAUUAGACGAGGCUCAGAGAGACUCUAGCUAGUCACCAAUAUCUAGCUAGGCAGCUAGGGACCAAGUUUUGAUACAGCUGUUAGUCUACGAUACAGAUAGAGAGGAGACUCUAGUGGUACAAGACAAGAUGUACAUAUGCAGGCAGGAUGGCAGCACGCCAAUAUACAGUGUAUACGUAGUAUUUAUACGUGUGUUAGUGUGUACUUAACUGUAUCAUGUUCAUGUAGUAUGUAUAUGAGGCCGAUAUAUCAGAUAACCUUUUUUC